CUACGCGUCCCAACAUGCCCCUGACAUCAUGCAGCACAGCCAAUGGAGGAUAUUUUAUUUGGCGCUGAGACACAGGCCUUAAGCAGAAGAGGCUUUUGUUACAGCUAGAGGGAGGGAGACGGGUACAAUAAAAUAUAUGGGAACCAAAUUUCCCUAGGUCUGCAGGAGCAUCCCGGAGAGAGAGAAAAAAAACGGGGCCUCUCCAGAUUUUACAGCCACGAAUCAUAUCAUGGGGAUCGAUAUACGACUGAUAUAGCCCCAGUUUUUCCACACAACGGAUGAGAUCUAAGAAACGUGGAUACAUAAGUCUUUGUGUGUUCUUGUAUUUAUGAUAACUGCACGAGGAAUCUAAUUUAUUUGGUGUAUUUUUUAGAAUGGAACACGCUGAAGCAGGCCCUGUAAGAAAAAGGGAAACUUAAGGAUGCUGGAGCAGAACAAUGGAUUUCUCUUUCUCUUUCAUGCAAGGGAUCAUGGGAAACACAAUUCAGCAACCCCCUCAGCUUAUUGACUCCGCCAACAUCAGACAGGACGAUGUCUAUGAAGCCAUUAGUGACCCAGGAGAUGAUGGAGGACAGCAAAACUAUGACUCUCCCUUGGAGUCAGGCUUUUCCUACCCUGCUGAAGACCUCCCAGUUAUUACAAAUGGUUACCCGGCAGGCUUAAGUACUUAUGAGCAACAGGCUAAGUUCGCCUUGUACUCUCAGUUCCCCAAUGGCUCAGCUAAUGGAUAUGGGGCCAUCCGAAACUAUGGGGAUCAUGGUUUGCUGCUUGGUGAGGGUACAGUAUUGAGACCACCGGUGGUCCAGGAGAAGCCUCCGACCCAUAUCCCACCUCCAACACAUGCCCACCAUCACCACCAGCCCCAUCAUCCUCAUCAUCACCACCCUCAGCAACACCAUCCUCACAACCCACCGCUGUUACCUCACCACAAUCACCCAACUCCUACUUCCCAAAUUAUGCCUCCAGUCUUACCACCACCUCCUCCCUUGCUCCUGCCUUCCUCUCCACCUCUCCUGUCACCUCAAGACAGCACCAUCUCAAACCCUAUCACACAAGCCACCACCACUCCAAAAAAGACCAGCUCCCCUGAGAUUAAGAUAAAGAUCAUUAAGACAUACCAGAACGGCAGGGAACUGUUUGAGUCCUCGCUCUGUGGGGACCUGCUGCAAGAAGUUCAGGCUGGUGAGGCUUCCAGAAAAAGACAUGAGCAGAAAAAGGAGAAGAGGAAAAGGAGAAGCAGCAGACAUAGUGUUAUUCAAGAACAGGAGAGCCAGCAGCCAUUCAAAGGUGUGGAGGAAAGGUCAGGGAUUGUCCACAGCUCUGCACAGCCCAGUGAAGGUCAUGUUGCAUUCAGAGAAGAACAACCUACUACAACCCUCAAAAGCCCCAAAGCAGAACCCAAGGAACAGCGAAAUGAAAAGCACUGUCCUUCGGUCAUCACUAGCACUGGCUCUUGUCAAGAGUAUGAGAUUGGUGACCUGGUGUGGGCUAAGGUCGGAACUUAUCCUUGGUGGCCUUGCAUGGUAUCAUCAGACCCUCAGUCAAAUGUUCAUACACGCCUCAAUACAAGAGGUAACAGAGAAUACCAUGUGCAAUUCUUUGGGAGUGUUCCUGAGAGGGCCUGGAUCCAUGAGAAAAGAACCAGGGUGUACCAGGGUGAGAGCCAGUUUGAGGAGUUGCAAGCUGAGACGCUCCGGAAGACAACCAACCCAACAGAGAAACAAAAGCUACUUAAGCCUCAGUCUCAAAAGGAGCGUGCCCAGUGGGAAGUCGGCGUGGGCCAUGCAGAGGCGGCCUUGCUGAUGUCUCGAGAGGAACGCAAUGAGAACUACACCUUCAUCUACAUCGACAAGGAACCCAGUGCUGCUGCUGCUGCUGCUGCUGCCACUGCCGACACAGUGGCCUCACCAAGAGCAGCAUUCAAAAACCACCCCGAACGCAAGCAGAGACGUUCCAAAAGCAGUGCCAGAGCAAAAGAGGAGCUUCCACCCCGUCGGCAACAGCCGCGGAGACAGUGCAGCAUCAAUAGUGGUGGGGAACCACCAUCUCCAGAUGAGGAAGAGGACGAUAUUGACCAUUGUCGCAAAAAACAACCCCAGAGCUCCCCAGAACCAGAACCCCUACCCCAGCAAUCCUCCCCACCUCCAAUCAGGACACCCUGGAAAACCGCCGCAGCUCGCAAGCUCCUCCCACUCUCCAUUACUAUGAAGAAACUCAAUGUGGAGAUCAUCAAGUGCGACUGGCAGCUCCCAAAGGAAAAGGUGGACCUGCCUAAGAAGGUAGAAAUUGAGGAGAGGCCUGGUGAUCGGGUUCAGUCACCAGAGGGCUCCAGUGAUAAAGCUGAGGCAGAGACAUGCUCCAGUGAAGAGGAACGAGGUGCAUCUCCCUCAGGCUGGAGUGACCAGGAGAGUGCCGAGUAUGCAUCAUCAAAAGAGCAGUCCUCAGAGCCUCUAGAGAGAAAACAGCAGCGUAGAUCUGUGCGAAGCCGUUCCGAGUCUGAGAAAAGUGUGGAACCAGUGCCAAAAAAGAAAGUGAAGAAAGAACAGUUUAACAUGCAGAGACAGCAACAAGCGGACACGGCACCUCAAAUGGAUUUCAAAACAGGGUCGCAAAAAGGAGCCAGUGAGAUCUCAGACUCAUGUAAACCACUAAAGAAACGCAGCAGAGCAUCUACCGAUGUUGAGAUGGCCUGUUCCCUGUACAGAGACACAUCUGACUCAGACUCCAGAGGCCUCAAUGACCCACAGACCGGAUUCGGGAAGCAUUUGGAUAGUCCUGCUACAUUAGAUGCUGAUGGAUCUGAUGCCCAGUCAGUGGACUCCAGCCUAUCCCGUCAGGGAGGAAGUUCCUCAAAGAAGGACACAGUCUGUCAUGUCUGUGAAACCUUCGGGGAUUCAUUGGUGAGCUGUGAAGGGGAGUGUAACAGGCUGUUUCAUCCAGAGUGUAUGGGAUCCAGCAGUGGGAAAGAGGGAGAACUUAUGUGUAAGGAGUGUAAGACAGGUUCCCACCCUUGCUUCUCCUGCAAGGUCACAGAAGGUGAUGUGAAGCGCUGCUCUGUGAAUGGUUGUGGCCGCUACUACCAUGAUACCUGUGCCCGCAAGCAGCCUGGCACCACCACAGAUGCUGGAGGCCUCCGCUGCCCCCAGCACAGUUGUGCCACAUGUUGUCUCGACAAAGACCUUGUCAAAGCUACCAAAGGUCGCAUGAUGCGUUGUAUUCGGUGUCCGGUGGCGUUUCAUACAGGAGACAGCUGUGUGGCGGCUGGCAGUGUGUUGAUAACACCUCACAUCAUCAUAUGUAGCAACCACUCCAGUUCCAGGAAGAACGGACACUUCUCCUCACCUGUGAACGUAGGCUGGUGUUUCAUCUGCGCUCGAGGGCUUUUAGUGCACGACCAUACUGACACCAUAUUAAGUUCAUAUACCUUUAAGUCGCACUACCUUCUGACUGAGUCAAAUCGUGCUGAGUUGAUGAAAUUACCUAUGAUUCCUUCUUCUUCGUCAGCUACCAAAAAGAAUAUUGGGAAAGGAGGAAGACUGUUGUGUUGCGAGGCCUGCCCCGCCUCGUUCCACCCCGAGUGUUUGAACAUGGAGAUGCCGGAGGGGACGUGGCUGUGUGGGGAAUGCAGAUCAGGCAAGAAACCCCAUUAUAAGCAGAUAGUCUGGGUCAAGCUGGGCAACUACAGAUGGUGGCCUGCUGAGAUAUGCAACCCUCGCCUGGUUCCCUCCAACAUCCAGAGCCUAAAGCAUGACAUUGGCGACUUUCCAGUCUUUUUCUUUGGAUCCCACGACUAUUACUGGAUUAACCAGGGAAGAGUUUUUCCAUAUGUUGAGAGUGAUAAGAACUUUGCAGAGGGGCAAGUUGGCAUCAAUAAGACCUUCAAGAAAGCACUUGAGGAGGCAGCAAAACGGUUCCAAGAGCUAAAAGCGCAGCGAGAAACCAAGGAGGCCCUCAAACAGGAACGCAACUCUCGCAGACCCCCACCAUACAAACUUAUCAAGUCCAAUAAGCCAGUUGGAAAGGUGCAGGUGCAUGUCGCUGACCUCUCGGAGAUCCCGCGCUGCAACUGCAAACCCACAGAUGAGCGUCCAUGCAGCCAGGACUCUCAGUGCUUGAACCGCAUGCUGCAGUACGAGUGCCACCCACAGGUCUGUCCUGCAGGUGACCGCUGCCACAACCAGUGCUUCUCCAAACGCCUCUACCCUGACACUGAAGUCAUAAAGACCAAUGGCCGAGGAUGGGGUCUAAAGACAAAGCAGGACCUCAAGAAGGGUGAUUUUGUCAUGGAGUAUGUUGGCGAACUGAUCGACUCGGAGGAAUGCAAGCAACGAAUAAGACACGCCAAUGAGAACCAUGUGACCAACUUUUACAUGCUGACCCUCACUAAGGAUCGUGUGAUAGAUGCAGGACCCAAAGGGAACUUAUCACGUUUUAUGAACCACAGCUGCAGUCCAAACUGUGAGACUCAGAAGUGGACUGUGAACGGGGACGUGAGAAUUGGGCUUUUCACUUUAUGUGAUAACACUGCUGGCACAGAACUGACCUUUAAUUAUAACUUGGACUGUCUGGGUAAUGGGAGGACAUCGUGCCAUUGUGGAGCAGAAAACUGCAGUGGUUUUCUUGGAGUUAAGCCCAAGAGUGCUGUGGUUAUGGAGAGGGAGGAGAAGGUGCGCAAUGCUAAACUUAAGCCUAAGAAGCGCAAACUGAAGACGGAGAGCAAACAGACCCAUGAAUAUUUCUGCUACUGCUGUGGAGAGGGAGGAGAGAUGGUUAUAUGUGACAGAAAGGAUUGCCCAAAGGCCUACCAUCUCCUCUGCCUCAACCUGACUAAACCUCCAUCUGGGCGAUGGGAAUGCCCCUGGCACCAGUGCAGCGUGUGCCAGCGUGCUGCCAUCUUGUUCUGCCACUUCUGCCCUGCCUCGUUCUGCCGAGAGCACGAGAGAGGACAGCUGACAGUGUCUGCCCUAGAUAACCGACCCUGCUGCUCAAACCAUGAUCCCCAGAAACCCUUAGGGCCCCAGGUUAACCCUAGACAAGUCACUAUAAAGAAGGAACCACUCGAACUGAAGGAAGCUGCAGAGGAAGAACAUGGUGAAGGGGAGGAUGAAGAAGAGGAUGGGGGAGAAAGAGGGACUGGGCCAAAGCACUGAGGAGAAAUGAGGGACUUCAAAUGAGGAGCUUCAACAAAACAAAGCUCAAAUGACAACAAACAAGAGUGAACCUUAGAGUAGCCACACACAGCUAGAUGAUUCUCUUUUCAGUUCAAACAAAGUGAACUUGAAAAACUGGGGUUGUUAUCAAUUCCAAAUAUACAGCAGCUGGUAUAAUUUUUUUUACAUCAAUUAACAGCCUCACAUCAAAUACAUAAGGAGUGCUUGUAUAACAAUGUAAGCAAUUCAUCUCUGGUUUUAUAAACAACUUUCACAACUAAUUGUCACUUUAAUAUUUUUCAGACGUGCUCCGUUUCAGCAAAAACCUCUCUGUUAAAACAAUGCCUUUCAAUGGCAAACUCAGUUUCCAUAUCUAUGGUACUUCAACACUCUAUAAACACUUUAAACCAAGAACUUUAUUUAUGUACCUCAUGUAAAUAGCAAAGACUGUUGUAAAACGUGUAGGGUGAAAUAGUUUGCCCCUCACCGGUAGGAUUUCACUACAUGAGCCUGUCGUGAUAACAUCUAAAAAAACGAGGCUCAUUCAAGUAAGGUUUGUUCAACUGCCGCCCCAUUCCAGUGAGUUUGUGAUUUGUAAGAUAUAAUCAUUAAUAUAUUUAUGUCGAUGUUUACAUCCAUUCACAAUGUACAGUAUUAUACAUCUGUAUUAGUCAAUUUGAUAUCACUAAUCGUAAUGUUGUAUAUGUGCCCUUUUUGUCAGCAAAAUUACAUUAUUGCUUGGCCAGUACUGUAUCGCGGUCAUCUUUUGGUCCACUCAGUUCUCUGUCAUUUCAGAGUAACGAGUUAAUCUAGUCACCGGCAAAGAACAGUACUGAUGUCUACAAUCGGUAACGUUUGAUGGUGUAGUGGUAAGCAGCUGUUGUUCAUUCGGCCACACAUACUCCAACACUGCCAUGUCUCUCUUAAAUCAAAUAUUUACCAUUGUGAGUAUUGAACAGAUGCCAGUGUGUCAUAUCAAUUACAAAGAACCCAUUUCAUGUUUCAAAGCUAUGCUAGUUGUAAGACUGUGAUUUUUUUUUUCUUUCUUUCGUGCCAUUUACAUUUGUGUUUCCAACAUACAAGUGUAAAUAUAAUGAAACUUACAGUUAUUUGAUAUGCGAUAAAGUUGCAAUUGUAUUCAUGCCUUUCAAAUCAUCGUAUUUCAUGCAUAGGAUUUAUUGUUGUACAAUAGAGAUGAAUUUCAAGGGUAUCAAACUGUAUCUUAACCACACACUUUCAUUUAUCAUUUUCAACAUGCUUGAUGUUUAGCAUCUUGUAUUAUGUUUCGUUGUAAUGACAUACGCUACUGUGCUAAAAGAUAACUGUCAUCGUAGUCGGACGUAGGGAGGGCUGUAUGAUUUGCGACAGAGUGUAGCAUAAUCCUCUAUGACUUCUACUUGAUGUGAAUCUACUUAAUAGCAUUGAUCUUGGAGAAACUUCCAUGUCUUUAUGUUAAGGUGUCUUGGGAUCUCCUAAAGUGGAGUAGCUACCAUGCUGUAAAGUUAAUGAACUGUUACUCUCUUGUUACUGGUGGCUGUGCAGUCAUUCUGGUGUUGCUGUGCCACAGUUUGGAAGAAUUGAUCUUGAUGGCUUCAACACAUGGGUUCUGGACUUACCCAUUAGUCAUAAUAUACAUAUAGAUCACAGACAAGUAUUAUAUGUGAUGGCACCACCAAGUAUGUUUGUCACUUUAUGGAAAGGAGGGAAAACGCUGCAAGUUUCAGUUUACUUGAAUUGUUCCCAUUUUGCCUUUUUAUGUUAAUUUUCUGUAUUUAUUUUUCUUUGUCUCAAAAUGGAGUGUUAUAGGUGGAUACGUAAAACGCUUUGAAUUUGUACUGGACACUUACACCUGACAGUAAAUGUAAGGAAUUCUGACAUUUGAAGAUGCGACUGCCAAACUGAGAUUUAUAUAUUUCUGGAAAUACUGUUUGCUCUUACUUGCAUCUGCAUUUUUUGUGUUUGUGUGUUCUGAAACAUGGAAGGCAAUACAGGUAUCCGUUUCUUUAUGUUUCUCUCAUUGUGAUAUUUUUAUAGUGUACAUUUAUUUUUAUAUAGGUUUACUUUUAUUUUUAGAUACCAUAGGCACUUUUUUGUUCCUAAAAUACCAAUAUAUUCCCUUAUGUUUAUAAUGAAAAAUAUCAAGAAAAUGCAGGUUGGCAAGAUGCAAAGCACACACUUUUUUUUUUUUUGCCUGAUUACAGUUGGUACUAGAAGUUACUACUAUGUCUUGGUUUAUCUGAUACAGAAAUUUCCAGUGACAUUUUGGAACGACAAACAAAUGGCUGGUUUGACUUUGAACCCUCAGAACAUGGCUAUUAAAGAAAUUGCAUUUACUUCAUUUGUUUUAUGCAGUGGCUCAGUCACUGAUUUGACUAAUUGAUUUGUUGCUAUAUCUAUUUUGCUGCAUCAAAUGUUAAUGAUUCCAGUGUUUGGUGUCUGUGCACUGUACUUUGUACAUUUGUAUGUGUAUUUGAAAGUGUCAUUAUCAUUUUGAGCUCUCCAGGCAUGUUCUUUGUGUUGCUUAACUACAUUUACUAAAGGUGGUGUCCUGCCAGCUUACACUAUUUGAUUUUAUGUACUGUUUUCACAUUCUUUUUAAAUAGACUGUUUACUAAUUCUUGCUACUGAGUUUAUGUAAAGAUUAAUGUGUUAAUGUAAUAUUUUCACCAUGCGCACUGAAUCAAAUUACACACUCCAACUGAAUAAAACGUAUCCUAAACGAUUUGGCUUGGGUAGAAUGUAUGUACUCUUAGUUUUACAACGAUGUUCUCAUGAAUAGGGUUUUAUUCGGUUAUGUCAUGUAGCCUAUGACAUUGCAUUGUGUAAGAGAAUGAUGCUUGAGCAAUUGUACAUAGCUGCAAAAGAAAAAAACAAACAAAAAAAGCUCAAUUGUCAUAUUGUGGUGUCAUAUGAAUGCUUGUAAUAUUGCUUCUGAAUGUUUGUGAACGUAGAAACAUUUUGUACAUUUAUUGUAUUUUAUUUGACCAGCUUUUAGAACGUAUUUCUCCAGAAUUCACAAUUAAUUCUGAGAGUACUCUAAGCGACAUUCCACAGAGUUAAACGUUUUCAGACUUGCCUGGUUUGACUUCAAUAAACUGAA